AUGGCUACCUCUGUCAAAGGUAAAUCGGCAAUCGUCACUGGGGCAGGCUCAGAAUCUUUGCACGUUGCUUACACCUGGUCUGCAGGAAUCAACCUGAGUUUUGCAAGGCUCUUGCUCGAAAAUGGCUGCAAUGUCCUGAUUGCAGAUCUGGCGCUGCGCCCAGAGGCCCAGGCCGUGGUGGAUAAGUACUCGGCCGAGUCCAGCUCCUCUCCUCGCGCUGUUUUCCAGAAGACAGAUGUCAGAGACUGGCUGCAACUAGAGAGGAUGUUCAAGGUUGCAGAAGAGGAGUUUGGAGAAGUAGAUAUUGUCUGCCCUGGUGCAGGUGUUUACGAACCGCAUUGGAGCAACUUCUGGCGGCCUCCUGGAUCGCCCGAAAGCCAGGACUCUCCAUCAGGAGGACGAUAUGCAUUGCUCGACAUUAACCUCACGCACCCGAUCCGAACCACACAGCUUGCCAUCUCACAUUUCCUGCAGCACAGGAAAUCAUCAAAGACACGAAAGCACAUCGUCCACAUCUCCAGUAUCGCAGGCCAGAACCCGGCAUUGGCUUGCCCCAUCUACGUCGCCACUAAGCAUGCCAUCAAUGGACUCGUACGAUCGCUAGCCAAGCUCGAUGCUCAGGUGGGGAUCCGUGUUACUGCUGUCGCGCCAGGCGUGAUAAAGACUCCCCUUUGGACAGAGCACCCGGAGAAGAUCAAAAUCAUCAAUGAGGCGGUGGAUCAAUGGGUUACGCCGGACGAAGUCGCGGAAGUGAUGCUGGCUCUUGUUCAGCAGGACGAGGUCAGUGAGAUCAUUGGCGACAAGAACAGACAAGGAAAGGUGUUCCCUGUCGAGGGAGGCACCAUCCUGGAGGUAUCCAAGACGGUACGGUCUGUGAGUGCGUUCAACGACCCAGGUCCAGGGCAGCGAGCCGGAAAUACAGUCACGGAUAUGAAACUACUCGAGGACGAGGUCUUCGAGCUGCUGUCCCAGGACGGCUGGGGGAAGACGAAGCUCUGA